CGCGAAAUUAAUAAUUGUUGAUAACAGUUCGUCGCUAGCGAAAACUCUGACAUCAUCACAAUGAAGCUUGAUACUCCAGAAAUCUCCUGGCAUGGACGUGAUCCUGUUUACAGCGUUGAUAUCCAGAAAAUUGGAAAGCAUACACGUUUGGCAACUGCGGGUGCAGACAAUAAAAUACGAAUAUGGUAUCUGACUGUUGAUAGCGAUGGAAAGCCCUGGGUGCAAUUUGCAUCAAACUUGUCACGUCACACGAAGGCAGUGAAUGUUGUUAGGUUCUCAACAUCUCAACAUGUCCUUGCAUCUGCUGGUGAUGGUGAAAAAUUGCAUUUAUUAAAAGACCACAAGAAUUACGUUCAGGGUGUUGCCUUUGAUCCCCAAAACCAGUUUGUUGCUACAUUUAGUUGCGAUAGAUCUUGUAGAAUCUACAGCCUUCAAUCAAGGCGAUGUGUCAAUCAUGUAACCAGGAUGUCAGUCAACACAACAAAUAAUGAAGGAGAGGCCCAAACAAAACAGAUUAGAAUGUUUCACGAUGACGACAGUUUGAAGUCGUUUUUCCGUCGCCUAACCUUUAGCCCUGAUGGUGAGUUCCUGAUCGUACCGUGCGGCGUCUAUGAAGUGGGGGAUAGUACAUCGAAUACAACAUUCCUUUUCUCAAGACUAUCACUGAGCAAACCGUUACUUCACUACCCUGGACCUGCAAAACCCACUGUAGCUGUGCGAUGCUGCCCUGUGCUAUUUGAGCUGAGGAGCAAACAGCCUGAAACCACGGAAACAAUAAAAAAUGAUGAAGAGGAGGUAAAUCAGAAAAAAGAUGAAGAUACAGAGAAGAUGGAUCAAACUAAAGAAGAUCAAAAGAACAAUGGAAUGGAAGCAGACGUCAAAUCAGAAGAAGUAAAAAGUGAAAACAAUGACAAGAAAAGCACAACUAGGUCAUUGUUCAACCUACCUUAUCGGAUGGUGUUUGCUGUGGCGUCGGAGGACUCCAUCAUGCUGUACGACACGGAGCAGGUGACACCAUUUGCCAUGAUAUCCAAGAUCCAUUAUCAGCAGAUAAAUGACCUAGCAUGGUCUUCAGAUGGGCAGUACCUUUCAGUUUGUUCAACUGAUGGUUAUUGUACGAUUGUCGUAUUUGAACCAGGGGAGCUUGGAGUACCAUACAAGAAGAAAGAAGCCCCUCAGUCAUUGGAUGAAAAUAUGAAAUGUGAUGACAUCAUUGCACCAGCAACCAAUGGUGAAUCAAUUUUAAUCCAAACAACAAAUAAGAAAUCAUCUCCAGUGCAUAGUCCUUUAUCUAGUGAUGUCAAGAAACCAGAGUUAACCAAUCAAAACAGCUCUAAUGGUGAGCGUAGGCGAGUUACCUUGACAACACUUGUAUCAAAAAGUGUUGCAAACAGUGACACCACAAGUUCCAAUCAGCAGCCGCAGAAGAGAAGAAUUCCCCUCACGGCGGUGUCGUCCCCUCCCGCAAGCAGCAAUGACAAAGUCAUAGCUGCAAACAAAUCUGAGAAGCCACAACCAAGGAGGAUACAGUUAGCAUCAGUUCCAAGUACCUCAUCUACCCUAGCUGCAGGCAGCGGUAGUAGUGUCGAACCUAGCAGCAGUAAUGGUAGCUGCAGCUUGCCUACUCAAGCUAGCCCUCAGGAAACAUCAAAUAAACCAAAUGACCCUGAUAAAGUUAAUACGAAUGAAGGUGCUAAAGAAAGUGAUGUAAAAACUAACCCCGACCAGCAGAUGUCUACAAAAACCCCGCGGAGAGUAUCGUUGUUAACCUUGUCUUAAGUCAUACCAUAACCACCAUUUGUAUAAAACUAUGGAAACAACGCAAGUGUACAUAGCAUUAUAAUUUAUUGCAUUAUUAAUAUGGAAACAAUAAACAUUUGAUAACUUGUACAAAAUAAUACAUCUCUAUACCAAAAUGAUAUUUUGGAAACCCUGCUAUUUUGAUUACUCUUGCAGUGAUUGAUUAAUUGUUACAUUAAUUUUGUACAAGAGCACCACCAUUGAAUGACGUAAACUGUCAAAUCUCAAAAAGAAAACCAUAUUGUAAAAAAAGGUUCACUUCGCUAGCUGCUGUUUCUGCAGAAUUUAAGUUUAAUAGCCUGGAACACAACUACUCAAAUUGAGUACCAAGAAGAUUCUAUUUAAUACCCUUUAUACUUUAUUUAUGAUACAUUACUAAAGUAACCCAGCUUGUUCCACUACUCUAAUAUCAAACCCAGUGGGGCUAUUGGAUUACCAAGUUAUAGAGAAAAGGGAACUUUUAAACAAAUUUGCUGAUGAAUAGCAAUUAUAAAAUAAUGUGAUGACUAGGUUUUUUUUUUUAAAGAUGAUAUAAAAGCUGCAAUGCUUAUGCAAAAGUAAGAAUUUCUGUGGUGAAUUCAGGGGGACCCCACCCCCCCCCCAACACUCUUAAAAUACACUUAUUAAAAACAAAAUGAAUAAAAUAUGAAGAUUAUUCAAAUUUAAGUUUGAGGGUGCCAUUGACAGGCAUCUAGAGGUGCUAUAAUCUUAUUUUUUUAUUUUUACUUCCAUCCCAAUCAUGUUUGGGAUGAUGUGGUCUAGAUCAUCAUCUAUGAAAGAAGUCCCUCUGUGGGCCCCCUCGAUUUUACAUUUCUGGAUCCACCACUGAAUAACAACCACAUUAUGUAAUUACUUUAGAGUUUAUAAAUAAAAAUGUCAACAAUUGAUAAUUUGUACAGUUAAUUGGCGUGAAUUUUCGACAUGCGACGUGUUGGUCGGUGAUUAACGUUUGACCCAGUACUCUACCGUAUUAGUUAACCAUAGUCUGAUUGCAACACUACCCCAAAAUUAAGCAAAGUAUAUAACAUUGAAUCAGAGGUUUUGCAGUUAAUUUAAGUGCGUCAGUUGGUCAUGUGACCACCAUUUGACCAACACGUAACAUCAUAUCCUAUAUUAUUUUUAAGGAAGACUAGUAUAGCAACGAUGUGUAUAGUCAGUCCUAUGCAUAUUAUUAAACUCCUGCACCUAUUUGGAAGACAUGUAUUAAUAGCAAUGAACAAAAUAUGUAUGGACCAGGUCUUAAGUCUGGUUUUAAUAAAAAAAAAAAAACAUUUUCACUUGCAUUUUUAUAUUUUAACAAUUAGAAACAACAUAAUAGUUUUUACUGAUAAUAAAAAUUAUGGAAUACAAAUAUUAUGUGUAUUAUGUUUA